UUAUAGAUUUGCUAACAAUAUACAAGAUGUACACAAACACCAAAAUAUUGCACGUAAAAUUUAUAACAUGUUUCAAAAUGAACAUUUUGCAAAUUAUUUUCGUUUCCAUUUUCUCAAAUAUCUUUGCCGCUCCUCAACAUCCAGAAACGAACCCAGGUAACCACGCCGAAAUCCCGGACCAAUUCGAAAAGCAACCAGAGGCGGUAACCACAUCACCAACAACAACACAAUCAGCGCGAGACCAUACAACGGUAAACCCAGACGUCUCACCAGAAACAACGGCGACGGCACUCGAAGAAAUCCACGACGUAACACCUACACCAAAAACAGUUGCGAAUUUUAUCAUCAGAAACGAAGAACCGCCUAUUACAACGAAAUUUUACAGCAUAGUGAUAGUUCCUAUAAAGAGAUUCAUAAACACACCAAAAGUAAAUACAGUAUUGAGGAAUAUAGGAACGUGCGUUGUUAAUGGAGCAAUGGAAAUUAUCUCCCAUUUUUUUCCUACACCUUUAAUGCCACUAAUUGCGUCUGCGGCGGGGAUGAUAAUACCAUUUGAACCAGUGGUAUUAUUGAAAGAACGAAUGCCCGUGACCAGCUAUAGACGAGCUAUAAAAACUGCUGUUAACAGCUUCUUGGAUACUUUCGAUCAGUACAAAGUUGAUAAAGACGAAGAUCCGUAUAUGACUAGACAGUUUUACAGAAGAUUUAUGAAUGAUGAUAACAAGCAAAAGAGACUUAUAUUAUAAGAUAUUGUUACGAUAAAUAUUAAUUAAAAUGUAUGUUUUACUGAUAAAUCAUAUAUUAUCAAUAUGCCAUUUAAA